ACACAGCCCUCAUAUUUUAAAUUAAGCAUAAAACAUCUAGGAUGUAUGUAAUUGUCUCUAACCCAAAGCUCUCAGUAAUUAGAAAUAUCUUUAUCAGUAAUCAGCGCUAAUUUAUAUUAGCAGAAUUAUUUUGUUUUUACUUUGGAUUACUUUAUUUUUUGCAAUUGUGCAAUUUUUCUCUAUCGAGAUCAUCAUGUCUAACAGUCAAGAAUCGAAGGUACCACCAAGGUCUGAAAAUAUUGUCUUCCAACAACAUCAUGUUUCGAGAGCAAAACGUGGGCAAGUUAUGGGGCAGAGAGGAGGCUUCAGAGGUUGCACAGUGUGGUUUACCGGUCUUUCUGGAGCAGGUAAAACCACUGUAUCCAUGCAACUUGAAGAGUAUCUGUGUUCAAAAGGAAUUCCAGCUUAUUCGCUUGAUGGGGACAAUAUUAGACAUGGUUUAAAUAAGGAUCUUGGAUUUUCUCCAGGUGAUCGUGAAGAAAACAUUCGUCGUAUCGGUGAAGUAGCAAAAUUAUUCGCAGAUGCUGGUGUUGUCUGUCUUGUAUCUUUUAUUUCUCCUUAUAGAAAGGAUCGUGAAAGUGCCCGGCGUGUUCAUGAGAAAAACCAACUUCCAUUUGUUGAAGUGUUUGUUGAUACACCGCUCAUCGUUUGUGAGGAUCGUGAUGUGAAAGGUCUUUACAAGAAAGCCCGCAAAGGCCUUAUUAAAGGAUUCACGGGUAUCGAUUCACCAUAUGAAGCACCGGAAAACCCUGAAGUUGUUGUCAAGACAACAGAAAUGACAAUCAAGGAAUGUAUGAUGGAAGUUGUUCAAAAUUUGCAAGAAAAAGACAUCAUUCCAGCCUCUGCAACAGAGAAAGUGAAGGAAUUGUUUGUACAACCUGAAAAUCUUGCCAAAGCCAAGACAGAAGCCGCCAGUCUUCCAGUUCUUAACAUUACCAAGUUGGAUUUACAAUGGGUGCAAGUGUUAUCAGAAGGUUGGGCAACUCCUCUUAGUGGAUUCAUGAGAGAACGUGAAUUUCUUCAAUGCCAACACUUUGGCACAUUACUUGAUCAUGGUGUGACUAAUCAGUCCAUUCCAAUUGUCCUCCCAGUAUCCAAUGAAGACAAGGAGAGACUUGCGGAAACUGGAGCGUUUGCACUCUCUUAUGAAGGAAAGAUAUAUGCCAUCGUCAGAUCACCUGAGUUUUAUGAGCAUAGAAAAGAGGAAAGAUGUGCAAGACAAUGGGGAACAAGCAAUAAAGGACAUCCUUAUAUCUCUAUGGUUCAAGAAUCUGGUGACUGGCUUUGUGGUGGAGAUUUGGAUGUUUUGGAACGUGUAGUAUGGGGAGAUGGACUCGAUAAUUACAGACUGACACCAAAUGAGCUUCGAGCAAAAUUCCGCAGCAUGAAUGCUGAUGCGGUAUUUGCAUUCCAACUUCGUAAUCCAGUUCACAAUGGGCAUGCACUUUUGAUGAUGGACACCAGAAAGAAACUGAUUGAAAGAGGAUUUAAAAAUCCAGUUUUGUUGCUUCAUCCACUUGGUGGAUGGACCAAAUCUGAUGACGUACCCCUUGGAACCCGUAUGAAGCAACAUUCUGCUGUUCUUGAAGAAGGCGUGUUGGAUCCCAAAUCUACUGUUGUUGCUAUUUUCCCCAGUCCCAUGAUGUACGCAGGACCAACAGAGGUGCAAUGGCAUGCCAAAGCUAGAAUGUCAACCGGGGCCAAUUUUUACAUAGUUGGACGAGAUCCUGCAGGAAUGCCACAUCCCGAGGAAAAGAGAGAUUUGUACAAUCAUUCUCAUGGUCGAAAUGUUUUGACCAUGGCACCCGGUUUGACCCAACUAGAAAUAGUUCCAUUCCGUGUGGCAGCUUACAAUAAAAAGAAAGGACAGAUGGAUUUCUAUGAUCCUGAGAACCAUGAUGAUUUCGAUUUCAUUUCUGGAACAAGAAUGAGACGAACUGCCCGUGAAGGAGGAAGUCUACCAGAUGGUUUCAUGGCUCCCAAGGCAUGGAAGAUUUUACAAGAAUACUAUCAAUCAUUGCCCAAACAAAGUUAAAUUAAAAAACUACAGUAAUAUUUAUUAUAUAUGAAGCAUUAUCUUAUUCUGCCCACAAAUAUCUCCUUAUUAAUGCUAUUAUGUGACUUUAUAUCAUUGCUGCAUUCCACUUUUAGUAUUAGAAAGCAAUCGCUAGGUCAAGGUGCUUGUCAGCAUGACGUGCGGAGCUGUGCAUGCACAACACCACAUCAUGUUUGAUUUUGAAAAUAAAUUUGAUCCUAAUUAUCUGAAUAACACUCGCAAUUUUUUUUUCAAAGAUGACCAACAAUAUUGUUGUUUUUUAUAUAUUUUACUUGCUUAUAUAGAUAGCUGUUUUAUGUAAAUCGUAAAAGGAUUUUAUAGUGCCUUCAAUACUCAUGAAUAAUUAAAUUUGUUGUAUAGUAAAUGCUUUUAAUAAUAUAAGUGUUGAUGUUUUUGUCCACAUAUCUAUCCUUGGUUCGUAGCCUUUGUUUUUAAGUUAUACUCAUAAGAGGACAGGUGCAUGCAAUUCUGUUCAUAAAUUCAUGAUAAACAUGUCCUACUUACACUUGUCAUUAAGCAAAAAAACUAAUUCUCAUUAAAGUUUGUAUGUUAAUCUCAUCAAUUGUUAUUAAAUAUAUAGUACUGUGGUUGUCAAUUUGUAAUAAAAUCACUAAAUUAUUCUUCAGA